UGCUUAAAUACCCCCAAAAUUUCAAUUUAAAACCUCUUGUAAUUCUCAUUUUCCUCUCUCUCUCUCUCUCUCUCUCUCUCUCUCUCUCUCAUAUUUCGAUCUCUAGGGUUUUCUAUGCGGAGAAAUGCAUCGUGCGUCUCGAGAGAAGAGGGGAAGCAGCAGCAGAUCGCGAUCCAGAGAGAAGAGGGCGAUCGUGGAUCCUAAUAUCGUCGCGGUGGAGCGAGCUCAGAGAGAAGGAAAUGUUCAAUUGAGAAAGCAAACUAAUCUGUCAAAGAUAGCAUUGGAUUUUGCUCCAGGCAGUAGGGUUCCCAUUGAUGAAGAAAAUUUGUUUGAUCCUGAGAUCAGACAUGACUCAUUCAAGAAAGACAGCAAAACAACGACAACUAGAUUAAUAAACAAACAACUAUCAAAAGAAAUGGAAAAUAGAUGGUCCCCAGCGAAUGUGGUUGCACGAUUGAUGGGUCUUGAUGUGCUGCCUCCUGUUUUCACUAGACAGCACAAGGAAAAAGGAAGCAGUAUCCAAACGGCGCCAUCUGUCGGCUUUCGCGAGAAGCAUAGAGUAUAUGAGGCUUAUCCUCUUCAGAUGAGUAGUGAUGAGCACCCGGAAUGCAUAGAUGUUUUUGAAGUUAAUGAAAUGUCUAAAGUUGAAAAGCAAAACACUAGGCCACCUUGGAAGAAAAUAUCAAGCUUGGGACGAAGUGAGGUGGACUUGAGAUUAAGUGAUAUUGACCUGGCUUAUGCAAAGAGGUUCAUAAAUGCAGCCCAUCUGUCAGUUGAUGAUGAAUCUAAUGAUGCAUCGGACGAACUUGAAACCAAUGAAAGUCGUUUUGUGAGAAAUCGUCAAGAACCCAAUUCCUUAUUCAGAAAACUUCUCCAGGAUCAAAAGCGUUCCCCACCUCCACACCCAAGCCAAAUCACCAUUUUAAAGCCGUCAAGAGUUGGUAAGUCUGAUAAAUACUUAUCUUAUAGACCCGAACCAACUACUGAAAGGUUCUCUCGUUUGCUAAAACGUGACGUGAGCUCUUGCAGGAAGCCUGUACCUGACCUAUUUAGUCACUCUCUCAAGGAACAUAGCUCCUCUCUCUCAUAUAAGUCUUCAGAACCAUUAAAUGAAGGAAAAACUAAAAAUCAGUUUCAGAUUCCAAUUGUUAUUCUGAAACCUACUUUGGAGAAGGCCUGGGAAACGAUGAAAACUGUUCCAUCUGCAAGAUCCCCCGACAAUUAUCCUUUCAGUCUCAGAAGGCGAAAAAGGAUUCCACUAUCUAGGAGUUUUGAUAUUUAUGGAGUAGGGAGAGCAAGGCAUAGACUAUCUGAUAGUGUGGAAGUUAUGGGACAGAGAGAGAAACAUUGCAGAGAAAUUGCUAGAGACAUUACUAGACGCUUGAAGAGUGCAGGAAGUACUGGUCGUAAAGUGGUAGAAGACCAGGAAAAAUGCGGGUACAGCAGACAUGAAAGCUCGUGUCAUAUGUCAGGCAUGGAAAAUCUGACUCAUAAAUCAAUCUUUGAUCAGGUAAACGAGUGUGUUGAUAGCCUCGGUGCUUCCUCAUCUUAUUCAGUUAAGUCUUCAAUUAGCAAUGAGGCAACAAAACGACUGUCUGAUAGGUGGAAGUUGAUCCGAAAAAUUCAGGAGGUUAGAUCUGUUCAUAAGGGAUAUGGAACUCUGGAAGAAAUGCUCGUCUCUGAUAGAGAGAUGCCAAGGUUUAUUCAGAAUGUUUCAGGUGAGGAAGUAACAAGAAAUGAGAUAUAUGCAAGACGGGAUUUCCCUGUGUGCACUAGUGGAAAGGAUGGCUGGAGAAAGGGGAGCUCAAGUAAUUCAUCUAGUUCAAAAUCUCUCCCAAAUUCGCCAUAUCUUCGUAGAAACCAUACACCUAGCAAAAGAGAGAGGGUUGGAAUCAGUGACAGAAUUUAUCUCCAGAAUUUUCCCAAUAAGAGUCCAAGUGUUUCAUUGGCUAGAAAUAUGAGUCAGAGGAGACCUUCAGUCCAAAACAUAGAUUAUCUCCAUAAUGCAUGUACAUUUUGCAGAGAGGAAAAUGAGAUGUUCGAAAGGGAAAUUCAUAUGAAUUCAGAACGAUUGUGCGAUAAGAUUCAUUCAACACACCCUUCUGAAGAGGCUCGCUUGUUUCCUAAACUCUCCAACAGCUCUAUUGCUGGAAGUAGCUGUGAAAGUAGUAGCUUAGUUUCGCAACAUAAAGAUGCCAACUUCCCUGUCUCAGUUGAUGAUGAGCAUGUACAGAAUUCCACGGUAAAGGAAGCACAAGAGAAUGAAGAGUUUUCAGGUGCUGGUUCAGACUAUGUUGCGGAAGAGGAAACAUCAGUUGCUCAUGUUCAAGGCAGUCCUGUACCAGUUAUAGAACAGCCACAAUCUGAAGAGGACAAGUCCAGUUCAGAGUGCUUCGAAAAGAUAAAUGCAGACCUCAAAGAGCUACAAAUACAGCUGAAACUUCAUAAAUCGGAGUCCACAAGUACAAAUCCUGAAGACUUGGAACUUCUUAUUUCUACUGAUAAUGAUAUCGAAGAAGAGUGUUAUUCCCCUCCAAUUUCAGGAGAAAUACUUGAAGCAUUUAUAGAUGAUGAUGAUAGGGACUUCUCAUACCUACUUGAUGUACUCAUCAGUUCAGGUAUUCAUUCUACCAGUACAAAUGAACUCUUCAAUAAAUGCACCAUACAGGAAUCUCCAGCUGGUAGUGACCUGUUUGAAAAGCUUGAGAAGAAAUAUGGAGUACUGGUUUCAUGGCCAAAACCGGAGAGGAAGCUUUUGUUUGAUCUUGUAAGUUAUAUUUUAGCCGAUAUUAUCGCCCCAUCCAUUGAUCUAUGCUCAAAGAAAUCAAGGUCGCGUGCGAAUCUUGUUGAAGAUGUGUGGCAACUAGUGGUCGAGCAAAAGGAGCUCAGUGGUACGCUAGAGGAGGAGUUCUUUUUAGAUCCUAUGUGGUUAAAAUUAGAAGAAGAUGUGAAUAUGAUAGGAAAAAAGUUGGAGAGUUGGUUACUUGAUAAACUCAUGGAAGAACUCCUUUCUGAGUUAAUCUGAGCAAUUUCAGGCAUAUCAACUUCUUUGAUUUGGUAAGUGAAUUGGUUUUGAUUUACGUAGUUAAUUAUCAGUUGUAAACCAGUCUUUCAUAGUAGUUUGCAGGCAGACAAAAUGUAUAUGUUCUUGUUAGACAAUUUUGAUCGCAAGAUAAGCCACCAUCGUCUAAGUUAUCGAGGUCAAAUCCAUUCUAACCAAAAGGCAAGUAAAGGAAAUCCUAUUGUGUUAGUGAUGUUGAGGACCUGGUGCAAACCAGCUUUUGUAGCAAACUGUGUAUAUAGUGUAUAGUUGUAUGUAAUUUAUCGUGGCGCGUAGUAUUUUUGGUGGUGGUGUUUUUUCCCCCCUGCUUAUAAACAGACUCUCCUUACUGUAAUGUUUUUGUUCGGCGAAACAUAUCCUUUUCUUCUUCCUGAUCAAAGAUGGUCUUUAUCGGUAUUUAGCAAGCAAUAAAGCUCUCCUUGAUGUUUAUUCA